GCGCGCUAUUUGUUCGACGCGAUGCCCCAACCAAAUUCCUUUUCAUUGAACACCAUUCUCUCAGCUUAUUCGAAAUCCGGUCAGGAUUACUUUUUCAACGAUGCUUAUAUUAUCAUCUUGUCAAGGUUGUAUUGCCUUGGAUAGGCAGAUUCAUGGGCAGAUAGUGAAAUUGGGGUUUGAAUCCUUUGUGUUUGUGGGCUUUGUUGGACAUGUACUGGAAAGUGUGGUUGAUUUAUGAUGCAAGAAAGGUUUUUUAUGAGAUGCCUGGGCGGAAUGUGGUGAUGUAUAAUACAAUGAUUACCAGGCUUUCACUGUGUGAGAUGAUUGAAGAUUCCAAAAGGGAGGCUAUUGAUUUGUUAAGAGAUAUGAGGAUGGAAGGUAUGGCUAUGGAUCAGUAUACUUUUGGAAGUGUUUUCACUGCUUGUGGGAGUCUUUUGGCUUUGAAAGAAGGCAAGCAAAUUCAUGCUUUCAUAAUUAGAACGAAUAAUAAAGACAAUGUCUUUGUAGUUAGUGCCCUUGUUGACAUGUAUUGUAAGUGCAAAAGCAUAACAUAUGCAGAAGCAGCUUUGAAGAGGAUGACCCGCAAGAAUGUUGUAUCAUGGACUGCAAUCUUAGUGAGUUAUGGUCAGAAUGAUUACAGCGAAGAAGCUGUUAAGCUUUUCUUUUCAGGAUAUGCUCAGUUUGGAAAAGCAGACGAGAAAAUUGAUUUUUUUGAAAGAAUGGUGGCCUACGGUCUGAAACCUGAUGGAGUUACUUUCAUUGGUGUUCUUUCGGCUUACAGUAGAGCAGGACUGCUAGAGAAAGGGUAUCAGUAUUUUGAAUCAAUGGUAAAAGAAUAUGAAAUUGUACCAAUUCCUGAUCAUUACACUUGCAUGAUUGAUCUUUUUAGCCGAACUGGAAGGUUAGAAGAAGCAAGAGAUUUUAUUAAUAAGAUGCCUAUCCAUUCUGAUGCAAUUGAUUGGUCUACAUUAUUUAGCUCAUAUAGACUUCAUGGCAACAUGGAAAUUGGAAAUGGGCAGCAGAAUCCCUUCAGGAAUUGGAACCCCAAAGCCCUGCAAGCUAUGUCUUACUCUCGAGUAUUUAUGCUGCUAAAGGGAAAUGGGGGGAUGUGGCCCAACUACGGAGGGGAAUGAGAGUUAAGGGAGUUAGAAAGGAACCAGGUUAUAGUUGGAUCAAAUAUAAGAACAGAGUGCACGUUUUCUCAGCAUAUGACCAGUCAAGUCUAUUUUCAGAUCAGAUUUAUGCUGAACUUGAAAUUUUAAACUGCAAAAUGGUAGAAGAGAGUUAUGUGCCGGAUAUGAGUUCUAUUCUUCAUGAUGUCAAGGAAUCAGAAAGAUAAAGAUGCUUAAUUACC